UGUUCCCUGACAUGUGGUUGUCAGGGAACAGUUAUUUAACAAAUGACUUCCCAGCCGUUGGAUCGAUGAUCCAACGGCUGGGACAAAAGAUUGCUUUUUUUUGUAUCCGCGCUUAAAAACCGCGGACACUCUGCGUAUCCGCGUUUUUUUCCGCGGACACAUACCCUUUCCGCGGUAAAUAACCGCGGACAUUACAGUGAGUUUUAAAACGCGCAAACGAACGUAUAUAUCAGUGACGGUUACAUAUUCAAACAUAAACACAACACAAACUCUAUAUACACUCACCCUCUCGCACUCUCAUCCUCUCACAACUGCCACCAAGCGAUACUACAAUCCAAUCAAGCUUCAAACGAACGUAUAAAGGAUGGAUGAUAUUUUGCCGGGUCCUGUUAGUGGAGCAGUUAUCGUGGAUAACUCAUACCAUGUGAGUUCAGAUGUUUGGAAUGGAGUCGAGCGUGGUCCUUUGGAGUGUAUGUCUAGUAACCGGGCGUUAAGGCAUUGGGUUCUUUCAGACGCGCAGAGGGAGAUUUUGCAUAUGGUUGGAUUUGGCGUGUUUGCCAACCCUAGGAUUGUUCUUCAGAAUGAUACAAGGCUUGUUAGUGCAUUAGUGGAGAGGUGGCGGCCCGAGACCAAUACCUUUUUCAUGAGGCAGGGGGAGAUGACAGUCACUUUAGAGGAUGUGGGCUACAUACUAGGAUUACCUGUUGUGGGGCGGCCACUAGUCGGAGAUGGUAUUGACGGUAACCAGUCAUAUUUCGAGAGGGCAUGGUUUGAGGAGUUGACUGAGCAGCAGGUGAAGGAUGGCUUUACUAGAGGAGGGGUGAGGCUUACUUGGUUGUUUGAGACCUAUGGGAGUGCUGAUCCAGGUCCUGAUCCGAGGCGUAUUGCUAUUCACACACAGGCCUAUAUGUUCUUCGUGGUAGGCUCUAUCCUAUUUCCUACUAGUAGUAGGAAUGUUGUCCAUCCACGCUAUAUCAGGCAUCUUCGCAACCUGAGCUAUGUGCGUACAUGGUCGUGGGGAUCAGCAGUCCUUUCAUAUCUGUACAGGGGUCUGACUACAGCUGCACAGAAGGGGUCAAAGAAGAUAUCCUGCUGCGUCUGGUUGUUGAUGUUGUGGAGUUACGAGAGGUUUGAUAUCGGGAGACCGAUCCCGGAUCCUAGCAGGGAUAGUUACCCGGCAGCUGAGUUUUGGGCCAGGCCUGAUGAGAUUGAGGAGGAGCCGGUAGAGGAGGAAGUUGUUGAGGUCCAGGGUAAGGGGAAAAAGGGGAAGACGGGGAAGGAGACGGAGAAGAAGGGGAAGAAGGGGAAGGAGACGGGGAUGGGGAAGGAGGAGUUGAAGGGGAAGGGGAGUAAGGGGAAGGGGAGUAAGGGUAAGACGGGGAAGGGUCACGAGGAGGGAGAGGGGAAGGGGAAGGGGAAGGGGAAGGGGAAGGGGAAGGGGAAGGGAAAGGGAAAGGAGGAUGAUAUUUUGGAUGAGACCGUGGAGGAGGAUACCGAAGAGGGUUGGAUUGUGGGCGGCAAGAGGAAACGUGGGAGGCGGGAUAGUUCAGCGGCUCCUCAUCAUAGCUUGCCACAUUACAGAGGCGAGUUUGAUGGAGUUGCUGGCGAUAUUGUUAGUUGGAUGCCCUAUGCUCAUUUUCAUGAGAUAGAGGAGGAUUCAGAUGGGGAUCAUGAUAUUUCUGCUGAGGAUUGGGAGGCACAUUUUGCUGGCCUAGCUAGGGUACCAUUGCUCUGUUAUGAUAUUGUGGAGUACCAGCAUCCCGAGCGAGUGUUGAGACAGUUUGGACUGCCACAGGGCAUCCCACCACCCCCAGUUUCGAUGACAGAGUACAGGCAGCCUAAGCUGCCCUGGAAUCCCAUUGAUUGGCGUGCUAUAUGGUUUGCGGAGAUUGGUGAGUGGUCCCGUUUCGUGGAGCAUCCUGAGGUUGUAGUUGCUCACCGUUCUCACUUAGUGGAUGACACCGGAUACAUGCAUUGGUACACGGAGAUUUCUCGAUUGCGAGUCGGGAAGCCAGAGCCAGUGCCGCAGCCUAAGUACUCUACUCGGGAGUUGUUUGACAACUUCCAGGCCUAUCAGCUUAUCCAGAAGGGUCUGGAAUGCCUGCAGAGGAUGGACUCUACCAUACCGCCAGAGUAUCAUGACGAGUUCAGCAGGAUUGCUCCUAUAUUUAUUGAGCCGUACUGCCGAUUCAUGCAGACGGUUAGAGGCCCGGCAUAUACGCCCCCGGCGUUGGAGCAUGUCCAUCUCUCUCCUUCUGCCAAGAGGCCGUUAGUUGCAGACAGCUUUUCACACGAUGUCGUUGAUAUGACUCAGCCGUCUCAACAUAUCUCUGCAGACCUUACAGAGCCUUCUUCUUCGAGGCCCCAGAAGAUGACUGUUCGCCGCCCCGCGGAACAGAAAUGGCUGAUUAGCAAAAGGUUGACACAGGAGAAGAUGGAUACUAUCCGGAGAGACUGGGGAUGGGGGAGGGGUAUGACAGUGGGUAUCGAGGGUGGUAUAAGACAUGAUCUUAUGUUCACGCUUGCCCCUAUCUCAAUGCAGAGUCUGGCCCCCGGUGCAUGGUUGGAUGAUCGGAUCAUCUACACAUACAUGUGGCUGUUACGUGAUCGGGAGGAAGCAAUUGCUGCAGAGGGCAUCCACCCCAGGGAGCCUACGUACUACUUCAUGGAUCCCUUCUUCAUCCCGUUGGCCAUGGAAUUGGACUACAAAAAUUUGACAGAGAGGGUGAAGCAUUUUUACGUGAAGUGGGGAAGCUGUGGGGUUGGUCCACCAAUCAACCUGGUGGACUACAUAUUUGUUCCCGCAAAUGUCAAUGACAAUCACUGGAUUCUCAUGGUAUUUGCUGUGAAGAAGUGGGCUAUCAUGGUUCUCGAUCCUUUCAAUGAUAAGGCUGAAUAUCCAGAACAAGAAGAAGCAAUGGUCGGUGUACUUGGAGGGAUGCUUCGCUUUCUUGCCAAGGGUCAAAAGUUCCCGAAAGAGGACCCUCUAGUUCAUGUUUGGGAUGAGAUGCCGAAGCAGCAAAAUCAUUUUGAUUGCGGGGUCUUCGUCUGCAAGUACAUGGACUACACCUUGCAAGGUUAUGACCUCUCCACCUUGACGUGGGAUACUUCGGAUGUUGACCUAUUCCGCUAUAGGAUUGCCAAAGAGCUUCAGAAAGGGAGAGCGAGGAGAAUCCCUAGUCAUCUUAUGCGGCAAAGGCUAGCAGGAGCAAAGGAAUAGGACAUUUUCGUAGUUUAUGACAUUUUCGUAGUCUCGUAGUUUAUGACAUUUUCGUAGUUUAUGACAUUUACGUUAUAUUUAUUCAAG